GGUGCAAGCAAGAAGGCAAGGGAGCAGCAGCGCACUAGUAUUUAGUAUGGUACAGCAGCACGUCGUAGUACAGGUGCACGUCGUAGUAUGUAGGUGUAUAUAUAGGUACAGUACAGUCCGUGCGGGGCGGAUUGCAGGCAGAGCAAAACGAGCAACGCCAGCGGGAGAGCCCGGCGGUACGGUGGCCUCUCGCCGCUUCACUUGGGUCCCCAGAGCAGCAGGUGCAUCACCUUGGCCGUCUUGCCGUGGCCGUGGAGGUGGUCCUCGCGCCCGCGCCACGGCGACGACGCCGACGCCGACGUGCCGGCCCGCGGCAGCCGAAGCUGCUCCGCGGCGUCGCGCGCCAGCGCGCGCAGCGUGGCCAGCUCGGGCCACCUGCUGGCGGUAGUGCUCUCGCUCCCGCUGCUCAUGGCCGCCGCCGCCGCCGCGCCCGACCGCCCGUAGCCUCUAACUAAACCCGCUCUCGGGGCUCGCCACUUCUCGUCGCCGCCGUGGCGCCGUUGGCAGAUGGACACCGAGCCGGCCGGUUUAUAUAGCCAUCCAUCGUCCACAGGCGCCGGCCCGCCCCGUCGUCGUGUAGGGGCCCAGUGGACUGGACUGGACUGCACUGC